AUGGAGUUACACGUUUGGCCAGCGGAUUUCGGACUGCCGUCCAUCGAUGUCGGCUGUCUACAGUUUUUGAUGAGUUCUUUUUGUUCCAAUCCUGUAUCUGUGGCCUAUUCAGUGAGUCCGUGGCACUCACCCACCGGGGAAUACCCAGCUGUUUUCGAUAAGAAGCGUCAGGGAAAAGUAGUCACCGACUUCGACAAAUUCGUGGAGAUGUUGAGAAACAGUGGCCAGGAAGUUGUUAUCGAUGCGGAGCUGACCUCUUCUGAGCGGUCACAAAUCGACGCAUUCAGUUGUUUUCUUCAGCAGUAUCUACAUCCAGCUGUGGUAACGUUUCACUCUGACACACCACUGGUUUUCGUCUCGUCUUUCAUUCCCGUACAAUCUGUACUAUCUGGAAAAACAUGGAUUGCAAGUAAUCUCACUCGAGAUUUUACUCUGAACAUGCUGUCAGCAAAACUUGGAGACAAUAAGUUCUUUUGCGGGAAUAAACCGAGCUCUUUGGACGCCUUGGUUUUCGGAUACCUUGCGCCUCUUCUUCGUCUUCCUCUACCGAACGACAGGCUACAACUUCAUUUGAGAGCUUGCCCAAACCUAGUUCGUUUUGUCGAACAAGUAGCUUCGAUAUACCUUCCACCUACAGAGGAGCAGUUAAGGCUGCAAAAAGCUGAUCGUAAAAUGUGGGAGAUGAGGUUGCAGAAGGCUGAAAAAGCGAAGGAAGCUGAGAAGGUUGCAACCGCGGAAGCCAGUCAAGUCCAGGAAGAUUUACCGCUUCGUGAUGCAAUUCUCUUUGGUCUGGGUGCUAUCACACUUUCAUUAGUUUUCGCUAUUCACUCCGGUAUUAUUCAGGUUGUUGUGGAGGACGAGGAGCAAACUAUUCCUGAAUGA